UGCAUGAUUUUCAUUUUAAUUCAUAUACAUCGAAGAUUAAUGUCCAAUUAAAGAGGUUAAAGUUUUAAUACGUGUUGUAGGUACAAGUGAACUUGCGGGAUUUCUAGAAUAUCUUCCAGCAUGAAAUUUCCUUCGACAUUAUUCAAAAAUCUAAAGUUAUCUAAGCGGAAUUUCGCACAGAAUCAGCACGGCAGCGGAAAGAGCUGGGAAUUCACUUUGAAAGAAUUAGCGUUCAAUUUGUCGGGAUACAACAAAUAUGGGCUUUACACUCACGACAUUUUAAUACCUUUUGACGAUCCCAUUGUAGUCGAGGCAUUGCAUCGACUACCAGAGGAAGUACUGGAUGCCAGGAAUUUCAGGAUCAUACGCGCGUCGCAGCUGAGUUUCCUGAAAAUAUAUCUACCGAGGAAGAAAUGGGUCACGUACGAGCAGGAUAAAGAGUAUCGAUACCUCACUCCAUAUAUAGAGGAGAUCCAAGCUGAGGAAGCUGAGAUAGACAAAUUUGAUUAUGAUUAAAGAUAGAGAUUGAUCGGCUAUAGUGGAGUAAAAUAAGAAAUAAUUUCUGCGAUCCUAUUUCUCUAUGUACAAAUAUUAUUGAAUUAAAU